CUGCUGCCUAUGUAAACAUUAGACCACUUAGCUUAGUCGGGCAAGUAAACUGGGGCCCGAGUGAACGAGUCCUUUUCUACAUUGGAAUUGCCCUUAUUCAGCCUAAAGCAGUCCGAGCAGUAUUGUCAAGCAACCUCAAAACUAUCUCAGUCUCACUUUGGCCUGGAGGCUGAAAUUACGCGGGUGAAAUCAAAAUGAGAUUGGGAAAGAUGCUAGGCCAUGGUUUUCAAGGGAAUUGCUCGGUUUUCAGGAGUUGCCUGUCUGUUCGCUGUCUGCAUUUCUCAAUGAUUCUGCUACAGUUAGGCUUCUUCAGAUUGGCAGAUUGUUUACCAAGAUGUGUAAGAGAUUUGUCAAAAGAAGCGGUUGUUUCUAAAAACCCGCUGCUAGGGGAGUACACAGGUUUGAAUUUUCAAGUCUCCGCUCAGCACGUCGAGGAAGCAAUACCACAUCUUGUAAAGGAGACAGACAUAAAGUUUACAGAGUUUGAGACAAGGAUUAAAGAUUUGAUUGGGAAAUCAGAGCCUGUAACUUGGGAAUCUGUUGUGCAACCAAUAGAAAAUAUUACAGACAGAAUCAGAAUAUCAUGGGGUACUGUUUCUCACCUCCACAAGGUCAAGGAUGGUGAAGAGUUUAGAAAAGCUUUCUCAAAGGUUCAGCCGGAAGUUGUGAAGUUGCUCACCAGAAUUAGCCAAAGCAAACCAGUUUAUGAUGCGUUUGAGAUUCUUGCAAAUGGCUCUCACGGCCUGAAUGAAGUCCAGGAAAGAAUCGUAGCAUCUGGAAUAAAGUCUUCAUACCACAGUGGAGUCUCCUUGGAAGGAAAACAGAAAGAAAGAUAUACUGAUAUUUUGCAACAGCUUGCGGCGUUAAGUGUAAAUUUCAGCAAUAAUGUACAAGAUUCCACGAAAGAAUUCGGAGUCAUGCUGGAGGAUUCGAAAGAUGUCGAGGGGCUCCCAGAAACACUUUUGCAUCUCAUGGCAAAUGCAGGAUCCGAAGAUUCAAAGAAAGCGGUAGAUCCGAAAAAGGGACCAUGGAAACUAACAUUGGACCCACCUUGUUAUAAUCCAUUUAUGAAACACAGUGCAAAUCGGCCAUUGAGAGAGAAGAUGUACAAAGCCAUGAUUGCAAGGGCCUCGUUUGGGGAUCAUGACAAUAGAGACGUUCUCGAGUCAAUUAGGAGGUUGAGAAAUGAGCAAGCAACAGUUCUCAACUUUCCUGAUUAUGCCCACAUGUCGUUGGAUACAAAAAUGGCAGAGAAUCCCAAAGAAGUUAUUGAUAUGAUUGAGACACUGAGGAGUAAGAGCAAACCUGUAGCAGAGAAAGAAGUUGCUGACAUGAGGAACUAUGCGUCGAAGAGUGGCACCAAAGAACAGCUGCAAUUAUGGGAUCUCACAUAUUAUGCUGAACGGCAAAAGGAAGAGAUGUUCAGGUUAAAGGAAGAAGAAAUAAGGGAAUAUUUUCCUCUGCAAAGAGUUCUCGAUGGGCUUUUCAAGUUGUCUUCUGAAUUAUUUGGUAUUGAGAUCAAGGAGUUCCCUGGUGAAGCUGAUACUUGGGACAAAACGAUUCUCUUUUUCAAAGUAUUUGAUAAGAGUGGACAGUUUCUUGCAUCGUUUUAUCUUGAUCCUUAUUCCCGGCCAAGUGAGAAGAGAGGUGGUGCCUGGAUGGAUCCAAUUAUUGCUCGAAGCGAGAAUCUGAAUCGGAAACCCGUCGCCAUUCUUGUUUGUAACCAAAGUCCACCUUCUGAUGUCAAACCAUCUUUGAUGACAUUUAGUGAAGUCAACACACUUUUCCACGAGUUUGGCCAUGGGCUUCAGCACAUGCUUACAACUGUGAAAUAUUCGGAGGCGGCUGGAACAAGCAACAUCGAAUGGGAUGCGGUCGAGGUGCCAUCCCAGUUUAUGGAAAAUUGGCUGUACGACUGGUCUACCAUCCAGAUGGUGAGCAGCCACUACAAAACAGGCGAGAAGCUUCCACGCGAGAUAUUUGAUCAACUUGUGAAAGCACGGCAAUAUAUGGCUGGUUCUUCUAUGCUGCAACAACUUUACUAUGCUGCCCUAGAUCUGGAGUUGCAUUUGAGCAAUGAUAGCUGGCAAAGUGUGAAGAAGCGAGUUGCAGACAAAUACCGAGUGCUCAAACCCUUACCAGAAGACAUGUUCCCAUGCACCUUUGGGCAUAUCUUCUCAGGCGGGUACGCGGCUGGAUAUUAUUCAUACAAAUGGGCAGAGGUAAUGGCAGCAGACGCGUUUUCAGCAUUCGAAAGUGUGGGACUAGAUAACAGAAAGGCGGUUAGUGAAGUCGGAGCGAGAUUCCGGAACACUUAUUUAGCUCUUGGUGGAGGACGCCACCCGAAGAAGGUCUUCAUUGAUUUCGAGGGCAGGGAGCCCAACACAGAUGCUCUUCUUCGCCUCUACGGCUUGAAAUAGGCUUUGAAAUGCUUCUCUGCUCGUCUGCUAGUGAGGAUAUUAGUGGUCGCACAGUAUUUGAGUGUGCAGCCAAUUGAUUUUUCUACGUUUUUUACUAAAUCUGUCAUCACCAGAUAAAAGCAUUUCUACAGUGGAAGGACGUUGUUUUCGUAUUUUACAUAUCAUUAUAACUGUUUUGAAAUUCCAUGCCAUUUUAAACUUGUAAAAAUAUUGUAUGCAGUCAUUUGUUUUCAA